UUUAUUUAUUUUUUUUUACAUUUAAAGUUGUAUCGGAUGUGCCGAAAAAAAGGAUGUUUGACUGCAAGCGCACAAACACACACACACUCACACAUCACCUUCAGCAUCAUGUUUAAACCCCUCCUUCAGCCUCUAAGCCCUAUAAAUCUAUGGAGGAGAUGGAAUUCAAGUUCAGCAAUCCGACCUAGACAGAAGACAACUGAAGCCCACUGCAAUACCAUUCUGCUAACAUCUAAAUGCAGACCUCCAUAAUGCUGAAGUCCUGGACCAUGCUGUUCGCCAUGCUGCUCUGCGUGCUGGUGUGUAAGGGGAUGCUAACAGAUGCCUACCCUCCAAAACCUGAAAACCCUGGUGAAGACGCCCCUCCAGAGGAGCUGGCCAAGUACUACACCGCCCUAAGACACUACAUUAACUUGAUCACGAGGCAGAGGUACGGAAAACGUUCAACUCAGGAGGAUGUGAUGGCCGAGCUACUGUUUGGUGGUGACAGUACGAGAGAGCAAAGGUCAAGAUAUGAUGACAUAUAUAUGUGGUGAACACAACCACUGGCGCCUUCCGGACUCUGGGGAUGUGUCCUGAAAUGCAGUUUGGGGCUUCUGACCACAAACUCUGACCCCAGCGUCACUCCAGGGCUCAAGAACUAUCUUGAAAAAAAUAAAAUGUACAGAAAAUUACACAGAAAA